UCAACAAAGAAAAGGACGAGUCCCUGCGUGCCCCUCUUCCCUCCAAUCACGUUCCGCCAAUCAAUUGCGCCUCGGUUCACCGCUUGCUGCAUCGUGUGUGUAACAGUGUAAGACCAGCAAGAGCCGUGUGAGCCGCGUGAGCCUGUGUCCCAGACUCCCAGGAAAGCCAUUCACGAUGUUGAACAACUUCAAGGCGACACGUCCCGUGUGGUGUCCUGUGGACAUGCACACUCCAAUCAGCUUUCAACUGCGCCAACGAGUUUUAGACCGUUGUGCCGAUUAUGGAACCUACGCCAGCAUGGUUAAGGACCAGACCACCAUAGCCAAAUGGCGCGAAGAGGAUUUUCAAGUUGGAAGCAAAAGGCCUAAUUGGUUCAAGAACAUCAACCCCACCUACAUGGCAGACGGGGAGCUAGCGACGGAGUUAAAAAUGGCAGGCAAAGAGUGCAGCAGACUGAGAAAAGCAAAUCUGAUUAAUGUCUUCCGUGAGGAAAUCCAAGAGGUAGAAGCUGAGCUGAAGCAGAAGGGAUUUGCUAUCGAGAAAGAUACAUAACGAUGAGUAGAGUGCAAAAUAAAAACCUUACAAAAAAAGAAGGAAAAAAAAAAAAGAAGCAGGUCGGUACAUUGGAGCUGGGAUGGGGGUCAACUUGGUCAAGGCCCAAGGGGCCAGAUGUGCAACGGGAGUGCAACGGGAAUGCUACCCUCUUCCUCCCGUUGCCCCCAUUACCCCCAACAUGAGGCACCCUGAUACUGAAUGUAGACAAGCUAUAUCUGUCCGGUUCCAUACAGCCAGAAUCAG